AUCAACAGCAGAGGAGACGACGUGCAUUGUCGGGUGAUAGAGUCAUCACAGGCAGCUCGCCCGGAGCGGGAAUGAUGCGACCAAUCAACUCCAACCAGAGCGUCAUGACAGACGCCCAAGGUUUGAUAGUGCCAAAGAAGCUGGUUAACCCGGUGCUCGAGUCUAUCGACCGUCAGAACCUGCACCGGGAGAUGAUGUUCAACCAGAAGAUUGGGAAGAGCGUACUCAACCAGAAGACGGAACUCCAGCGUGCUCUCGAGAAGCAAAAGGAACGUCAGGUGUUGGCGGCGCAAAACCUAACCAAGCAGACAGAGCAAACAAUCGCCAGCGAGCUGGGACGUGUCAUUAUGCAACGAGCUCAGCGACUCGAGCAGCAGAAAGGUGGCAGUGGAACAGCUGGUGCAGAGCCUCCAGGAGGUUCCAUUAAUCCGGAGUACUUGAAUGCACGCGCUAAGCUGCGGGCUACGGUUGAUACGAAAUGA